GCGGGCGUGCGCCCGGCUGCGGGCGGGCACGGGCACGGUGCGCCGCUAUCCUGAGCCGGCGCCGGCAGGAGGUGCAGCGACAGUCACAAGCUCAGAUGGAAGUCCCAGCAGCAGCCGCGGUCACGGCAGUGAAAAAGCUUUUGUGGAGGGGACGAGCGGCCCCAGUCACCCCGUGCAAUAAGUAACGCGGUGGCAACGGGACGCUACCCGUUUGCUACAGUUGCUCCAGUCGGGUGCCUACUGCGCACCGCUGUGGAGUUUGGGUUCUUUCCCCGAUCCCAAACUCCUGUGUGCUCACCAACGCGGCUUGCAGCCAGUUACUCCGUCUGUAAUUGGUUCCCGUUUAGCAAGUCUCAGCAGAAUCGCAGCAAAAUUGUAUAUUGCUUAAUAGAUUGUCGGCAGUGGCGCUUUGCUGUGCACUGAAAAAGAAAGCAGGGCUUUUCCCAGCUUGUGAAGAGCUCUGUGUCCUGUUGGAAUAGUUGGUCAUGCCCUCAUCUGCACUGGGUUGGUGGAUUGGAUGUAAGGAAAAAAAGUUAUUAUCAGGGUGGUGAGGCACAGGAACAGGUUGCCCAGAGAGGUGGUGGGUGCCCUGUCCCUGGAGACGCUCAAGGUCAGGCUGGACGGGGAUCUGAGCAACCUGAUCCAGCUGUAGGUGUCCCUGCUCAUUGCAGGGCAGUUGGACUAGAUGGCCUUUGAGGAUCUCUUCUAUUUCGAACAAUUUGUUGAUUCUAUGAUGCCUCAUCCUAAGUCAGCAGAGCCAGACAGCUCAGGAAAACACAAUAUUUCUUAGUUUUCUUUUGCCUGUUUCACAUAUUUGUACACUUCCUUUCUGACUUUGUCUUCCUUUCUGAUCGGUCUUAACAUCUGAUUGCACAGCACAAAUAAUUUUAGCAUUCUUUUCUUCUUUUUUUUUUUUUUUUUUUUUUUUUAAAGUCAAUGGUGCCAUAUGCUGCAAUGCCAGGCCUGCAAACACUGUUGUCCGAUGCUGAGUGUUUCCACAUCAUACUAAACACCCGUUGCCAAAGGUGGAAGUUGCAUACCUGCCAGCUGCUUCCGUUUCAUAUCUUGUCGAGGGUAAAUAGGAAUUGAGGAGUGGUAUUCCAAGUAGCUGCAUGACAGGUGAUGGAGGGAGGUGUCUGAAUGAAAUAUUGGCUUACCUGGUUGGCAACCCUGCCCGUGGCAGGGCAGUUGGAGCUCAGUGAUUUUUAAGGUCCCUUUCAACCUAAUCCAUUCUAUGAUUACCUUCCUCCCCCAUGUGUUUCCUGCCCCUAUCACAAGGGGCUGCCUGCCUGUGGGAGACUGGGAUUGAAUAAUAUCAGUUCUGUAUUUUUCAGUGUCCCUCUGCUGUUCAAACAUCUCCACUGUUUGUUUGAAGAUCUGACAUCCUGGGUGUUUCUGGAUGUGCACCCAUCUGUGCCUCGACGUGCCAUCCCUAGGACUGCUUUGCCUGGUUGCCACGCUCUUCCCUGCUCUUGCUCACCCCACUAACUCAGCAGAAAACUGUCCACCCUUUUUGAUGGAUUAAUAGAUUGACUUUGCUGAAUCCCGUAGAGGUUUUCCUGACUUUUGGAUCUAGGGAGAAGUGAGUAGCAGGAAAGCAGUCAGAGAAGUGAAGAAGCCAGCAGAAAGUAAACAUGGUUUAUGACAACACAGCUAUCAUCAGAUAAGUUUGUACAGUCAUCUGUAGAAUCUGUCUAAAUAAUAACUGAGUGUUUUAGCACUCUGUGUGGUAUCAUUUUAAAUAGUCGAUAAUGCCAUGCUUUAAUGCAAUAAUGUAAAACAGAUUUUAUCAUUUCUAAAUAUGUUAACGUCUUUCUGUCUUUCAGGGUGAAGGUGCCCCAUUGUAAGGGUUAAUCAUCUGUCAAAUAUUUAAUAAUUGUUUAUUCAGAACAUUUCCUGCAUUGUUCAUGGAGUUUUUCAUCAGUAUGUCUGAAACCAUUAAAUAUAAUGAUGAUGAUCAUAAAACUGUGUUCUUGAAAACAUUAAAUGAACAACGUUUGGAAGGAGAAUUUUGUGACAUAGCUAUUGUGGUUGAAGAUGUUAAAUUCCGAGCACAUAGGUGUGUGCUUGCUGCCUGCAGUACCUACUUCAAAAAGCUUUUCAAAAAACUAGAAGUCGAUAGUUCCUCAGUAAUAGAAAUAGAUUUUCUUCGUUCUGAUAUUUUUGAGGAAGUUCUCAAUUACAUGUACACCGCAAAGAUUUCUGUUAAGAAGGAAGAUGUAAAUUUGAUGAUGUCUUCAGGCCAGAUUCUUGGUAUUCGUUUUCUGGAUAAACUCUGCUCUCAAAAACGUGAUGUAUCUAGUCCUGAAGAGAACACACAGUCCAAGAGCAAGUACUGUCUGAAAAUAAACCGUCCUAUCGGGGAACCUAACGAUACCCAAGAUGAUGAGGUAGAAGAGAUUGGAGAUCAUGAUGACAGUCCAUCAGAUGUGACAGUGGAAGGAACUCCCCCCAGUCAGGAAGAUGGGAAGUCACCAACCACUACCCUGAGAGUUCAGGAAGCAAUUCUGAAGGAGUUGGGAAGUGAAGAGGUUCGAAAGGUAAACUGCUAUGGCCAAGAAGUAGAGCCUAUGGAAACAACGGAAUCAAAAGACUUAGGAUCUCAAACCCCUCAGGCUUUGACAUUUAAUGAUGGCAUAAGUGAAGUGAAAGAUGAGCAGACGCCGGGCUGGACAACAGCAGCUGGGGAUAUGAAGUUCGAAUAUUUGCUUUAUGGUCACAGGGAACACAUUGUAUGUCAGGCUUGUGGUAAGACCUUUUCUGAUGAAGCACGAUUGAGAAAACAUGAAAAGCUACACACUGCUGAUAGACCAUUUGUUUGUGAAAUGUGUACAAAGGGCUUUACCACACAAGCUCAUUUGAAAGAGCAUCUGAAAAUACACACAGGUUACAAGCCUUACAGUUGCGAGGUAUGUGGAAAGUCUUUUAUUCGUGCACCAGACCUAAAAAAACAUGAAAGAGUUCACAGUAAUGAGAGGCCAUUUGCAUGCCACAUGUGUGACAAAGCUUUCAAGCACAAGUCCCACCUCAAAGACCAUGAAAGAAGACACCGAGGAGAGAAACCUUUCGUCUGCAGUUCCUGCACUAAAGCAUUUGCUAAAGCAUCGGAUCUAAAAAGGCAUGAGAACAAUAUGCACAGUGAAAGAAAACAAGUUACUACAGCCAAUUCCAUCCAGAGUGAAACAGAACAGUUACAAGCAGCAGCUAUGGCUGCUGAAGCAGAGCAGCAAUUAGAAACUAUAGCUUGUAGUUAAAAAAAAAAAAAAAAAAAAAGACCCAGAAACUUUAUCAAAAAUAAUAUAAGAUAUUAAAAUGAACAAAAUCUAUUGUUGGUAUACAUUUAGACCGAUAAUUAUCUUUUGGAAAAAAAAAACAAACCCUAUUUUUAGAGGAUUUGAAUGCUACAUAGGAACAGAAAGCAUUGUUCAGUUAGGUGUUUUAAAAAAAUUCAGAGAUGGGUAUUCUUAGAAUAUAAAAUAGUUUUGUUGUCAUUAGCAGUAUAAUGCACUAAUACCUGAUUUGUUUUAAGGCUAUGAUUAAGUUCUCUAUAAAACAGGGGUCAUCACUUGUGGAUGUUUUGUUUUAUUGAGUAUGGAAUACUGCAUACAAUAUAGACGUCAAAAUCAGUGAAUUAUACCUAAAAAUGCUGAUAUCAUAAAAUCAGAAACACUGAAAGGAAAUACUUGUUUUUCAUAGUUUUGAAGGUGUUAGGCUUACAAUUCUUGAGAAAGAAACAAUGAUUCCCUAUGCUUUUUAAUUCCUCCUUUUUUUUUUUUUUUAACCUAAGGUAGGUUAGUACAACAGGGUAAUGGGGGACUGUGAUCAAAAUGAAAUUUCUUCUUUUUCCACUCCCUCAAAUAUCCUUUCAUUUUAAUCGAGGUGGCAAGUUUUAUUAAAUAGGAAGUACUCGCUUUCCUAAAAAAAAUUGCAUUAUUCACAGUGGUCCAGGCUGACAAAGAAGGAUCAUUGCACUUGCUAGUCCCUUCUGUGGGGAAAAAGUGUCUGACUUGUUUGUUUCUCUGUUCAGUUCAGAAAUCUUCUGCAGGCCUGAGAAGAAGGAACAGAACCACAAUGGAGCUUUCUCCAUGCAGCAUGGAGAAAGAUAUUUUCCUUAGUGGGACCUGGUAGAAAUGAGUUAAAACUCAUUUACAGCCUGAUGUGGUAGCUUCUAUUUUACAGCUUUCACUCCACCUAACCUAGCACAGUUAAGGCAGAGGGCAGCACAGUAGGAUUAGCUGCACUGGCAAGUGACUGAAAUUCACUGCCAGACCUCCAGAGUUUCAGAGCACAGUCACGGCCUAUUGCAUUACCUGCCAGCAGCGUUCAGACUGGGGUUUUCUAUCAUCUUGGCUGGUCAUACCAGCUGGUAAGUCCUGCUCAACCUUUAAAGAACACCACCUUCCGGCACACUGCCACUCAGCAAGAAGGAGACUUCAGUGGGUGAUUUCAGUCUUAAUUGAUUCAGAAUCAGUGUUCACUAAUAGUCUGUUACCUAGAGUUGCCUGUCAUGUUUUGUUUCAGACAAGCUGAGGUAGAUGCUGCUAAUUUAACUGUUAACUCACAGAGUCAACAAAGUACAUCGUCUUUGGAUUGCAGUCUGCUAUGUGCAGUUAAGAAGAGAAGACACAAAAACAAUGAUAAUGUGAUCCAAAGGGAUAUUGAGCCUUUAUUUAAAAUUUGUAAAUACUCAACUAUUGUCAGCACUUGAAGCAUUUGAAGUAGGAAUGGGCAAAAAAUGCAUUAUUGGCACAUGAUUGGACAGCAUUGAUCAUUUGCGAUACCUAUAGCAUAUGAAAGUGUUAGACCAGUUUCUGGUAAGUUACUGUGUAGUAGAUCACAUUUUGCAUUUCUAAAUAGAAAUUGAAAAUAGCGUUUUUGGAACUGUUCUAUGAAACUUUGCUUAUUGUUUUGUUUGUUUGCUUUUAUACAGCUUCAUUUUUUUCAUGUACCCAUCAGGUUAAGCAAUUAUCUUAAAAUGCCAAUAAUCGUUUGAAAGCUGGUCUGUAAAUAAAACGUGAAUUUAAUAUUUUAGAAAAUGUAAACUUUGGACCUUUACCAAUAUAUUUUUUUAAAAUGUUGCUUCAUUUUACAUUCAGUAAUAUUAGUUUGUAAACAAACUAUACAUUUUGUAUCUGUGCAACAUCAGAGGAUGUGUAUUCAUUGCAUUUUAUUGGUUCUCUUGAGGAACAUGAUAAAUGACCAUUGUUAAAAUGUUUUAUUGUAUAUGAUCACAGAUAAAGAUAGUAGGUCCAGAUUGGGAUCUACUUUUUUCUUUCUAAGAA